AUGACAGACGAAAGAAUCCCGUUUCAAGGCAAUGGCCUUGACUUUUACGGCCUCUAUCGUCGCGGGUCAGGUACGGAUGCAUUGCCUUUGGUCGUUCUACUUCACGGCGGGGGAGCGACAUCGGCGUAUUUUGACAACCCGGUGAUCUCCUCAGUCGGUGCAUUUGCAAAACUGGGUUACGAUGUACUCAACGUCUCACGCCCCGGCUACGGCAAUGCUCCUGCACCGACCACAUCCACUCCUUUGCAGCACUCGAUUCCAGCAUUUGUUGAUUUGAUUGACCAUGUCCGGACGAAGAAGCAUAGUCCCGGAGUCAUUCUCGUGGGCCACUCACUGGGCGGUGCCCUGGCUUUGUCCGUUGCCUAUGAAGCGCAGAGAAAAAUGCCGAUUUGGGGUGUAAGUUGCAUGGGCAGCUUGCCAACCCAGGAGUCGCUCGGUCUUCUGGCCGAGCCCGAUCCCGAGCCAGAAAAUCCGAGGUAUGUCGUUGAUAAGAGCGCGAUGAAUGUGGAGCGUUUCAUGGGGAAAUUGGAGUGGGUGAAUCUGGACGGGUUAUCGGGGAAGGUAAUUGAGAGUGUAUUUGAACCAGGGCUGAAAUCGGAAUUGAGGGAGUAUGAGAGCCCUACGUUUUACCAGUACCUGACCGGGACUGUGAUCCCUGGCAUCAGAGUGCCGGUACAAUUCUUGGCGGCGGAAAAUGAGGUUGUCUGGGAUGAACACAAUGGCUCGCAAGGAAAGACUCUGUUCAAUGAUCUUGUUUCGCUGUUUCAAUCAUCCACGGAGAUUGAAGCUGAAAUACUGCCACGGGGUGGCCACAACUACGAGUUCUCAAAGAACGCCCGGAAGCUGCUGGACUGCCGGAACCACUUUGUCCAGAAGGUGCAGUCUGCGAAAGAACGUCGCAACGACGGGAAAGAAGUCGAUAGGAAUGCUUUCACCAAAAUCCCCAUCUUGGACUACAGACAAGCAACCCAGCCUGAGUCGCGGUCUGCAUUUCUUAAACAGCUCCAGGAUGCUGUCGUCAAUGUGGGAUUCUUCUACCUUCAGAAUACGGGAGUCCCAGAUGAGCUCUACCAGCAAUUGUUCGAGCAGUCGUCUGCUCUCUUCAACCUCCCGCUAGAGAAGAAAUUGGAGAUAGAGAUGGUCAACAGCAAGCAUUUUCUGGGAUACUCUCGACUCGGCCAGGAAAUCACAGCACUCAAGAAUGAUUACCGAGAACAAUUCGAUUUUGCGACUGAAUUACCCGCGCCUCUACCUGAGGAGCCCCUGUAUCGAAAUAUCAGGGGACCAAACCAGUGGCCUGACGCGAAGGCAUUGCCGCAAUUCCGCUCCGUUGUGGAGACUUAUAUCGAUACCGUCGACAAGCUCGCGUCUUCGCUCACAUCUCUUGUCGCGGAAGCACUUGACCUACCGCCCAAUGCGUUCGACGACUUCUUCGAUACGCCUCAACAGAACAAAUUCAAAAUGAUCAAAUACCCAGAACCUGUCGACUCUCACCCCGGUCAAGAGACUCAAGGAGUUGGUCCACACAAGGAUUCAUGCUUUCUCACUUUUCUUCUGCAAGGCACUCCCCAUACAGGACUGGAGGUCCAGAACAAAGCGGGCACAUGGCUUCCAGUGCAUCCCAUCCCGGGAACCUUGGUCAUCAACAUUGGUCGCGCUCUCGAAGCCAUCACCGGAGGAGUGUGCACUGCAACAACGCAUCGAGUGAAUCUACGACCGGAGAAUUACGUGGACAAGAAUGACCGCUCACUUGGACCACGGUUCUCAUUUGCCGUCUUUCAGGGCGUGAGUCUGGAUCUCGGCGUCGAGAAGAUUCAUCUUGAUAUCCCUCAUCAUAUCAAGGAGCUGGUCAAGGAUGAAAAGGUCCGCUCAGAUGCAGAGGCUACGUUCAACCAGAUGUUCAACGGGAACAUAGGUCAGGGCACGCUUAUCGCCCGCAUAACGAGCCAUCAAGAUGUGGCUGAGCGAUGGUAUCCGGAUCUCUUGAAGCAAGCCUUGAAAGCUCAAGAGAAGGAAGGGGUAGCACGAUAG